AUGCCAAAUCUUUUGGCGACCGCUUCACAAGUCGCGAAUUCUCUAUCUAACUUAAAAGCUAAAUAUAUAAAGUACUUAGAAACAUUAUGUUCUGCAAAUGGCAUCGACAUCUCUACUCUAAAAACCGAAGGAGAUACUCACAAAGUUCUAGAAAUGUAUUUUGGAGGACUUCCUGUCCUAGUUGGUCUCAAAUACUUUUCCCAUCUUUCUACACUUCGACUAUUUGGACAACAAAUCACAUGCCUUAAGCCAUUGGGAGAGGUUGCUCCAACCCUUGAAGAACUCUGGGUCUGUGAAGGUGCUGUUAAAGAUUUAGCAGGAGUUGAUCAUUGCAUCAGACUCAAAAAGCUAUUUCUAUAUGAUAAUGCCAUUGAAGACGCCAGUUGUUUGUGUGCUCUGACAAACCUACAGUACCUCAAUAUUGCCAGCAACAAGCUGAAGAGUCUUACGUUUCUCCGAGAUAUGAAAGAUUUGACAAAUUUAUCUUUGGCAGACAACAAAAUGAAAGAUUCAGUUGUUGCAACUGCCAUCUGGCCUGAAAGCAUACAACAUUUGGAUAUAUCUGCCAACUGUUUCUCUUCAAAUCGAGCUUUAUUUUCAUUAACAAUUUUGUCAUCUCUGAGAUCCUUGAAUCUAGAUCCAGUGAUUUCCAAAUCUACCGUAGCCCCGAAUUUAUUUUUUGCGUGGAUUGCUCAUUCAUUUCGGUUUAUCGAGUCAUUGGAUGAUGAUCCGAUUACUGAAUCAUUUGUUCCAACAUAUCGACCAAUGGCUGAUACUAUUUAUGCCGAAAAACUGGCAAAAUUGGCAAAAGCAGAUGAAAAGUAUUUGAAGGAUUUGAGAAUGGCUGAGAAACAUUCUGGUAAGAUUGAAAAUCGGUUGGCAUGUCUCGCCGAGGCACUCACUGCCUACAAAGAUGCAAUGCAGACAAAGGAUGCAAAGAAGGAAAUUGUGAAGAGAGUUCAUGAAAUAUGUGUGAGCAAUUCAAAAGCAGUGAAGAAUAUUAAAAAAAACUAUACGGUACUUUCUGAAUACAUUCGAUCUCUAUCAAAAUAUCAAAUCUCGAGUGAUAUGGAGUCUUGUCAAACAUUUCAAUUAAGAGAUGGAACGGCUGAAGAAAUUGCUUUUAUCACUCAAACUUUGAAUUACAGCUGCUCGAUGAAAAAUAGUUAUGAGAUUAUUGUCAAAUCUUGUUCUGUGCUUGGAAAUAUAACAAAAAAUGAAACAGACCGUCUAUUCAUCUUGGAGAAGGAUUCAAAUGAGAAGUUAUUUGAUUUGAGAACAAUUUUUAAUUUAUUGGAUAGAUUUACGAGAAAAGACUACACAAAGCACGCGGUACGGCUGAUUCGAGAUUUCGAAGUAAUAAAAAAACAAGAAAAAGAUCGAACUAUCAUAUUCUUUCUACCACUAGUACUAUCGAAAAUGGCAGCUGCUCGUGGAGCAACCAAAUUCAUAGAUGAAGAAGGAGUUUCAUCAUCGAAUGACAAUUUGAGUUGGUCUGAUAUUAGGUUAUUGGCUGUUCUUGCGGUAGAAGUACAGCCUAUCGGACAGUUAACAACAGAUCAAUUGAGGCAUAUGGAUCAAUUUGAAGAGUCAUAUAAUGAACAAUUGAAGAAGUUGAAUGAUAUGAACAUAAAAUUAGAUGUGAAAGAAGAGAGACACAGACGAAACGAGGAACCAGCUGAAACUUCAAUUGAAGCAGUCAGCAAUCAACAAUCUAAAAUCAGGAAGGUAUCCGAUGUGCUUGCAAAUAUAAGUAAUCUAACUGGCAGAGCGUGUGAUGAGAAACUGCCAUUCGAUUGGUUCACAAUGAGAAAUCCUUUGGAAAUUGCAUUGGCAUAUUUUGAUUUUAGGCCGAUCAAGGAAGUUAGCGAUUUGAUGACUCGACUAACUGCCCUCGAACUAUGCGAUCAGAAGUUGACAAAACUGACAGGAAUUCAAGAACUUGUCAGCUUACAAUUUCUUUCUGUUCGCAAAAACAAGCUGACCUCUUUAAAAAAACUGAAUCGACUUCCCUGCUUGAAACUUCUAGACGCAUCUUUUAAUCAUAUUUCCAAAAUCGAGCAACUCCCAAGUUCUCUCCUUCACGUAGAUUUGAGCCAUAACAAAUUACAGACUCUUGUGUUUUGUCAGAGUUUAGGAAAUACUAGACAUCUUCUGCUUCAUCGAAAUCAAAUCAAGUCUAUGAAAGGUGUAGAGUCAUGUGUGCAAUUAGAAACUUUCUUUGUAAAUGACAAUUUGUUGAAGGAUAAAAGUGAUGUAGAGCUGCUCAAGACUAUGCCAAAACUUACCCAUCUCGACAUGUCAAAUAACAUUCUCAGUUCUGCAGAAGGAUAUAGGCCAAGAGUUAUGCAGGCAGCACAGUUUCUGAUAUCUUUGGACAGACAAAUUAUUCCAUUGGAAGAACGACAUGUUAACACAAUGAAACAGACCACGAGAGGAUUAAGCUUGGAAUUGAUUGAAAGAAUAUGUCCUGAAUGGAAAAACAAAAAGGAAUUGAUGAUUUGUGAUCAAAAGAUUGAGCAGAUUAUUUUGGAAAAGUCACAAAUGGAGGAAUUAUCCCAAAUCCGACUAAUUGACCUGUCUAAAAAUCGACUGUCAAGCGUUCGUGAAAUCAGUUCCUUCAACAUCACCCAUCUUAUUCUCAAUAACAAUUGCCUGAAAUCGAUUGCAGUAAACGAUGGCCAAACAUCAUUGCAGCCAUUUCCUUAUUUAGAAAACCUAGAUAUUUCGAAUAACUCAAUAAGCAAUACAUCUAUUCUGAGACUUGGAAUCCCACUUUUAUUGAAACUUAAAAACAUUAAUUUGUCGCAAAAUGCAUUGUCAAGAUUUGAUUGUUCUCUAUUUGAUCUUCCGAAUUUGGAAUCAGUUGAUUUGAGUAACAACUCGAUAAAAACAAUUAUCAGACGCCCAUUGAAAACUUUAACUUCCUUGAAUCUUCAAAAUAACAAAUUGACAACUCUAACUCCAUUGUCAUGCCCUAAUCUAGUGUCAUUAGAUAUUUCAAACAAUAAACUUGCGUCUUGUGCAUCUUUGAAGCCUCUCUGCGAAUGCAAGACUCUGGAAAAUUUGGACUGUAGGAACAAUUCAGUAACGGAGAGAAGGGUUUAUGUUGAUUUUAUCAAAGCACAGGUUCCAUCUGUUAGAAAACUAGAUGACGAGAUUAUGAGCAAUGAAAUUGAAAUUACGAAACGAAGAUUGUCUCGAGCAAAUGAUUUGAUCUCGAUGAGCAGAAGAAGCAGUAUGGUGACCUCGUCGAUGCUAUCUUGGUUCGAGAGAGAAGAGGGUGAAACUCUGGAAAACGUGAAAAGGGCUUCAAGUUUUCUAGAACCAAGUGCAGCUGAAACCCCCAUGAGACCACGACGGCUUGAACCUCUUCCCGGAAGACGUAAAACUAAUAGUGAAAGCAAUGGAUUAAUGUUGUUAGGUACAAAAGCUGUGCAACAUCGCAAGUAA